AUUAUUUCACAAGGAGGGUGUUGAUGAAAAUUAACUUACAAAAACGAAGAACGACACGGGAUUUUUUUUUCAAGAAGAAGAGAGUAAUAGUCGCCUACCUCCAUUGUUGUCACAUCUCGCGUUUAGUAGGCUGAAUUUAGCAGUUAUCAAUUAAGUUAUGUCAGAGGGAGAGGACAGCGGCAUUUUAGGAGGGAAUGGCCCCUUAGAAAUGAAUGUUGUCAGUUUACCCAAGAUGGAUACUGCACAGCUGGAGCAGCUUGGACUUAAUGGACCAGGAAGUGCACUUGGAGCAACAAGUAUAACAUCAUUAGGUACAUCGCAACAUUAUGUAUCAACUACUCUAGCUGGAACACAAGCCCUGCUAGAGAGUGUUGUUACUCAGGGCACACGAACUCCAUUAACUUCAGUGAGUGGAAAUUCAGCUGUUACCUUCACCACAUCAGGCAACAACUCCCAAGAUUCCUACAGUAGUUUAGAGUAUGUAACUCAAAUGCCUUUACCAGAUGACCAACAGGGAAAGUUUCCUGAUGCACUUGUUUCUGUUGAUAAUGUUGCAUUUGUGGAAAUGAAUGAUGCAGCUAUAAAAAGUGCAGCAGUCUCUGCACCUCUAGAACUUUACUUUGAUGUCAUUAAUCCAACGACAACAGCUCCAGUCGCAGCAUCCAGCGUACACCAUGUACGUCAUGAACACCAGACGCCAAAAGCUCAGUUGUUGGAGAGAGCAUACUCUGAUUUCCUUCAGCAACAAGAACAGCAGCAGCAGCAGUUAACUGAUCAAGAUCAGUCCGAUCAUGUAUUACAAGACGUUACGACUGCCAACCUUGUUCAGUUAGAACAUGAAGGACUACCUCAAACUUUACAUGACUAUCGGAAACCUGCAAAAUUAGAGCAUCAGAAGCGACAGAUACUUCAGGUGCAGCAGCAACGGCAGCUUCAGACGCAGCAGCUCCCAAGGCAAAUUCAGCAGCAGCAGCAGCAUACAGAACAACAUAACCAGCAAAGGCAAGGACAGCUUCCCCUUAGACUUCAGCAGCAGCAGAAAUCUCUUCAGUUUCAGCACCCUCAGCAAAGGCAGUUGCAGCAACAACCAGAACAGCAACAGCAGAGAUUAAUCCAACAUCAACAAAAACAGUUUCAGGAGCAUGUUAAAAAGAUUGAUGACCAAAACUGUAUGAACAAAAAUGAUGCUGAUUUGCAACAGCAGCAACAGGCACCACCUCUUAUACCACUUGUGUCCCGUAGUGGCCGACCAAUCCGUCGCAGACAGGAGUACUUGGAAUAUGUUACUCAGAAUAUAAAAGAAGAAGACAUUGUUUCUCAUUUACCUCCACAGCUUGUGAAAGCAGAAGAGAUGGUCAUAGGUCCUGAUUUUGAGGAGGAAGAACCUGUUGAAGAAGUUCUAGAGGAUGAAGAUCAUAUGGAGGAAGAUAUGGAUUCAAACGAUGAUGAUCCAGACGACAGUGGGAAUUAUACCACAGAUGGGAAAAAGUCAUUACCACAUAAGAAGCGUAUUCCUAAGAAGUUAAAAACCACAAAAAAACACAUUAAGUGUUAUAAAUGUCAGUUUUGUGAUGAGCAGUUCACAAAUCAGCAACAAUUUAAUGCUCAUAAACAAACUCACACCCUAACUAAACCAAAGCCAUUUAAUUGUGAAAUUUGUUUGAAAGGUUUUGAUAGCCAGCUAAAAUUUUUUGAACACCUCAAGUAUCAUUAUGAACCUUACAAAAAGCAUAGAUGUGAGGUAUGUGGUGGUGAAUUUGAAAAUGCAGAUGCCCUUCAAGAGCAUUCUUUAGUGCAUUCAAGGGAACAUUUUAAGUGUGAACUUUGCAAUAAGACUUUCAGGAAAGAAAGUAUGCUUGAGGUUCAUCUAAAAGUUGCUCACAUGGAAGAAGAUGACAGUAAUACAGCAGAUAAACCUUAUUCAUGUGUUGCUUGCCCAAAGAGCUUUCGCACACAGAUGGCACUGGACAGUCAUGUUCAGACAGAACACUCUGAAAACCCGCCUGAAUUCACCUGUGAGGACUGUUACAGAGUUUUCAAGUCCAAGGCCAAGCUCAUGUCUCAUCGUAAAAUUGAACAUAAAGAAGGAAAUUCGCAAAAUAAGGGAGCACCAAAAAAGAAGAUGAAAGUGGGAAAGACUGCGAAAGGUGGUUAUGCAUGCACAUGGUGUACCAGAGUGUUUACACACAAGAACUCAUUAGUGUACCAUAUGAGGGGGCACACAGGUGAACGACCACAUCAGUGUGAGCAGUGUGGUAAAGCUUUUUAUGCAGCCAGUGCUCUAAAAGUUCAUUUGAGACUUCACAGUGGAGAAAAACCUUAUAAAUGUGACCAUUGUGGAAAGUUUUUCAGACAGUGGGGAGAUUUGCGUUAUCAUACAACUUCAGUUCACUCAGACGCAAGGCAAUUUCAGUGUGAAUAUUGUGGUAAGGACUUCAAGAGGAAGUAUUGUUUAGUGGUUCAUAGAAGAAUACACACUGGCGAGAAGAAUUACAAAUGUGAACGCUGUGGCAAGGCAUUCAGGGCUGCUUCUUACCUGCAAAACCACAAGCGUAUCCACACAGGUGAUAGACCUCAUCCAUGUCCAGAUUGUGGUAAACCCUUCCGUGCUCGAUCCGACAUGAAGCGUCAUCGCCAAACACACCAGAGAGAUGGCUCCUCCAGUGCUGUUAGUCAGCUGAACACGCAGAGUCCAUCUCCAGCUUCUCAUACUCAGGUUGAACCUCAGUUGAUUAUUGCUGAUCAAGUUCCAGUACCUGGUAGUAAUGACCAGCCCAUCAGAAUAAUGGUAUCAGGCAUAAAUGCACAACAAGUUGCUGCUGCAGUCCACCCACCUCCAGCACACAGACAGUCUCAGGUCACUGGGCCAGUGUCAGGAAAUAUUGCUACUCUUACAGCUGGACCUGUCUCCCCUGGAGGAACAACCACUUUGACACCUGAAGUCAUAAUUAUGGAUGAAACUACUAAUCAGCCAAUCAACCUUAACAUUAUACCUCGUAUGUUAGCCCAGGAAACAGUCACAUCAUCUUCACAUGCCAGUCAUAUCCAUGUAACUGCAGAUGAUGAGUACCUUGGGAAUUCAAGUCGUAAUGCUCUUGAAGUUCGAGGGGAAGAUGGAAAUAGUGUGUAUGUGUGGCAUGGGGUUUUUACUGCAUGAUUGAUGUGUCUCCAAGAAGUUUAUGGAAGGAUCAGCAGUUCCCAAUUCAUCAUCUUACAGAUAUUUUUAGAAAGUUUUAUUAACUUAUAGAUUAUUGAAACUUUUAUACCAAUAUACAAUGGCAGUUGUUUUUGUAGCACCAUUUACAGUGUAUUUACUCAUGUAGUUAUAAAGAGCCAUACAUAGCAAGACAAAUAAGCAGCCUUUUCUGUAAAGAAUUUAAGAGUUACUUCAUUAAUUGUUUCUAAAAGAACAGAUAAAAAAUAUUUCAUUAUCUUUAUUGAAAGCAACCAUAAUUAGUCUGCAGUAAAAAACACUCAGUCUUGCCUUUUUUACUGACUUACCUUGGUAGAAAAUUUGAAUAGUUAUUUUAGUGAGGAAUUUGGUAGAAAAUUUGAAUAGUUACUUAAGUAAAGGAAUUUAGUAGAAAAUUUGAAUAGUUAUUUUAGUAAAGGAAUAUGGACCAUUCUUGAAUUUCAUGAUAUUUUAUUUCUUAUUAAUUACAGUGUAUACAGAGUAAGGUAUUUUUGUAGGGAUUUAUUUUUCUUUCUUUUUUUUUUUUUUUUUUUUUUAAAGGCACAAAAGUUUUACUCUUCAUGGGUCAUGUAUAUCUUUAACAUUAAAGUUAUGGCUGCCAGUCAGGGUCAAGAGAGUCUCUUCAAAGUUGUAUAUAAGAUAAUUUUUCUGCCUAUGAGGAUACAAACCUUUGUCUUUUAUGUGCAUAUACUUUUGGUGAAAGCUGUGCCAGCCAAUGAAGCUUGGUAAUAAUGUAGUUCAUUAGUGGUAAAUAGGUAAGGCGGUGGAGGCACCGUCCACUCACUUGACAAUAAGCAUGCACUUUUUCUCUGACCAUACUGCUGUUAAGGGUUUUUUUUAUUGAAGAAAUCUGAGAAAUUUACAAAGCUCUGUGGCACUGUAUGAUAUAUUUAUGUAUAACAGUAUUGCAAAGGGGAUUUUCCAACUCCCCCUUACUGAGAUAUGUUUAUUUAAAUAACUUAAAAACAAACUUUUAAAAAUUCCUUCAAAAUAUCACUAUUGACAACUUUGCCUUCAUUCCAAAGUGAGAAACAACAUCAUAGUUACAUUAAAAUUGUUAUCGUCUCAAGAUACCUGGAAUAAUGAAAUUAAUUUUUCAUUGCUCAUGCCAGGCAUUUUGGUGCUAGUCUCUCCAAUAGCAUCUCUGUGUUUAUUGAGAAUUUUUAACAGGCCAGCAUGAAGGAAUUGUUAUUAUAAAGGAUUAGUUUAUCCAGACCUCUGAGCCUAACAACGGCUCUUCUCGGGCUGGUUAAUAAGAAACAGAAUAUAAAUUAUACUAACAAAAAAAUUCCACAAGACAGUAAAAGGGAAAAAAUGCAAAUAAGUGUAAACUAUGCCAUUUUUUUGCCCUUAUCACUAAUCUCCAUCUCCCUGCCACUCCCAACUCGAUUGACAUCUGGCAUUCCUGACCAUUCCCCAAAUUCAAGAUUUAUUAUUAUAAGUUCAUCUUUGUUGCAUAAUUGUGAGGAUGAAGAGUCAGGGUAAAGCUUAUAUAGUGCAUGAUUAUGAGGGUGAAGGUAUUAGGCUGAAGAUAAUGAAGUAUGACAAAUAUUCUAAGACAAUUUGUAUUUUUCAUAGCUACAAACCUGAGGUCUUAACAAUAAGAUAAUUUUUUGGCGCCUAGCUGGAUCUGGGUAAAUCACAGAUGAAAAGCAAGGAAUCUUUUGAGAUCUGGCAACGCGUGUGCAUAUAUUGGGUGAAAACUGGUCAAGGACCACGCACCCACACUACUGCGUUUAGUCUUUCCCAACCCAGGAUGUCUUGAAGAAGACAGAGGGGCGGCUAGAGGUGGGCAGUACAAUGUUAAGACCUCAGGUUUGUAGCUAUGAAAAAUACAAAUUGUCUUAGAAAAUUUGUCAUUUGUUCAUACGCGAACAAACCUUCAGUCUUAACAAUAGGAUAGACUUAUACUUGGAGGGAGGUACAGACAUCCUAAACUGGCUGGGGGCCUACCCACCAGUCCUGCUCCAAAAGAAAUGUCUACCGGAGAGGGACUGAUGCCCGUGAAAAGCUAGAUACAGUGAUAUUCAACAACUCGGCCACUAGGUUACAUACAAUGAUAUAUGGGAUGAAUCAUUGCAUAGGGAACUAAAGAGAAACUUUGACUGUCCAAAAAUAAACCAAUGCGCCAGGGUUCGUUACUACUCCUUACUCCCUCUUGCUAAGGAGUGAAGUAUAUGCUACCAAAUAGAGGGUUGUUUAUUUGCAAUUCGGUUGUUUAUUUGCUUACCAAGCAACCAAACUACCAGCAUGACUACCUUACUCACCUGUAUCAGACCAGUCCAGCGAAUGACGUGUGUUCCUCAACCCACCCAAAGGAAGAAGGAAAGGUACAAGAGAAAGAAAGAGACCAACCAACUCACUCAUUCUCUCAUCCACACAAUCAUCUUAGGUAAGAUACAAAUUUGCCCUUUAGGGGCAACGAUGAGUUACACAAUCUGUUGGGCAGCCACCACAGGACCCAGGGAAAACGUGUCCCUAGACCUGUGGGCAACAUCUUUAAGACAGAAGGAGGUGAAUGUGGAUUGGCGUAACCAAGUACCAGGAUCAGCAAGAGAGGGCACCAACGACACAAAGGCACUACACUAGUAUGGGGUGUGACUGUGGUAGGAGAAGAAGCAUCGGGAAGAGGAGAUGAAAAUCCCUCCCUGAAGGAAGGGUAGAAACUCUACGAUGCUCCCUCUUACUAUAAAAUAAGUUCCACUGCUCUCUAGGCCACUCACGACAUUUCGGGUAGGGAUUUGUUAUGGUACAAACAUUAGAACGACACCUAAUGCAAGUGGAGUGUGGGUCUGUCGCUGAAGUUAAGUAUAUCUUAGUUUAACCAGACCACUGAGCUGAUUAACAGCUCUCCUAGGGCUGGCCCGAAGGAUUAAAUAUUUUUACGUGGCCAGGAACCAAUUGGUUACCCAGCAUCAGGACCUACAGCUAUUGUGGGAUCCGAACCACAUUCUAUUGAGAGAAUUUCUAAUCACCAGAAACAAAUUCCUCUGAUUCCAUGUUGGCAGAGCGGGGAAUUGAACUCGUGACUACCGAACUGGUAGACGAGGACGUAACUCACCCGUUCAACAAGGAACUCUGUUGCUGGAGAAGCCAGGAAACGAGACACGGGAAACCUUGAGUUCCCAGGCACAUACGUUGGCGAGGCCAAGAAAGAGUAGAAGAAGCCAUAAUACAAGCACACACACCGAAUCACAAGCAAAAACGGGAAAAGAACCGGGUAUAAGGCCGAGAGAGGGCAACUGCGACUCUCACCCAGGUGGUUAAGAAAACGACUGAACGCAGUAGUGUGGGUGCGUGGUCCUUGACCAGUUUUCACCUGAUAUACGCACACGUUGCCAGAUCUCACAAGAUUCCUUGCUUUUCAUCUGCGAUUUAACCGGGUCCAGCUAGGCACUAGAAAAUUAUCCUAUUGUUAAGACCAAAGGUUUGUUCACAUAUGAACAAACAUAAUUUUAAGGAUGAAGAUAAUGAGUGUAAAGAUUGAAGAAUUCCCCAAAAAUUCCUUACAACCCUGGCACUUUGGUAUAAAUAUUUAAGAAAUGCAGUGUGAAUUUUAUAACAAAGUAGAUUUCAUACAGAUAGAACAAUUGUGGAAGAAGUGUAGGCUAAGGAAACUUUAGACCCACUUCAUACCCUGUCUAUAUACCAAGGAAAUUUAUUGUUGAUUCACCUUUCUAUUUUAGAUGACGCUUAUUGGUGUGAAACAAUUGCAAGGAGCACUUGGGAUAUCAGAAAAGAGCAAUUGUCAAUACCCAAGGAGGUCUCUUUAUCAUAAGAGAUUGCCAAAACACCAGCAUUUAUUAUCCUCCUUUUUUUUCCUUGUCUUUCUCCUUCUUCACCUCCUCACCUUAGGUAGCACAAACAGAAUGCCUGGAAGUUGUCCUCUGCAAGAAUGCUUAUAUGUCUCCUGGAUGACAACAGUCUUCAUUGAAGAGGGACAAUAAUCCCUGAGACCAUCUGCAUGAACUGGUGACCAUGGGUGAAACAGUUGUCUUGGUUCAUGAGCUUUCUGGCUAUUAGCCUCUGGUUCAUGAGUGUGUUUGUUUAUGGUCUCCUGCUAAGUCUUCUCAGGAGAUAUGGACUGACUUGGACUCUCCUCAUUCCUGCCUUUAUCUAUCCAGAGGUAAUGAAGGAAGUCUGUUUUUUGUGGCUACUGACCAUCCCAGUUCUUCACAUCCAGCAUAGAAUAUGCUCUUGAUCAGUUUCCAGGGCAUGGUACUGGCACAGUAUAAUCCCACCACCACUGAGUCUCAUCUAAACAGUCACCAGCAUGACUGGCUUCCUGUUUUUGGUUUUGUUGAAGGUUGGGUACUGUCCAGAACAGGACUGGUAGCAUUUGUGCCUCUUCAAAAUGGCAGUAUCAAGUGUAGUUUUCCUCUGAUCUGGUAGGACCACAGGCAGAGGAAAUGGUUAUCCCCAGUCUCUUGGAUGCCUUCUGAUCAUGACUUGUUCCCAGUAUGGUCCUUUUAGGAUAUUUGUCAUCACAAUUUUUGGAGACUGUGAAGUUCGGUUGAUGCACCUUCAUUCCACCUUGCAUACACAGGACGAUCUGGAGAAAGUAAAUUCUCUGAUCUGCAAGUCGGAGAAUUCUCUUGCUUCCAGUUGCUUCUCCAAGUGACUUCCUCGACCUCUGAUGUAUCAAUUGGCAUGUUAUACUCCUAGGGACACUAGGAAGUUAUUCAUAAUUUAUUGUUAGUCUGUGGAUUGAUGAACAACCACUCCUUAAAACUUUGUGUGAAAGGGACUGUUUUCUGUGCUGUUUAAGCAGGAGCCAUGGAGUUGAUCCAAGUUUCAUCAUGCUAGGACCACUGGCUCAACUUGAUGGCACACUUCACUUUCUCUUGUGUACUUUCUGAGGAAGAGAAGGCAAACUUUUGGAUGUUCUUGGUGUAAGGGAGGAAGGACCUAUACCUCUUGGCACCCAUUGUCACUAACCUGUGGACAAACCUGGUCAUGAAAUGCAGCAAUACAAAAUUUUUGUAGGCUGUCCUCAAGACAGGUUUCAAUUCAGAGUGGUCUUCCCUUGUGGAGAGGUUUCAAUUCAGUGGUCUUUCCUUGUGGAGAUGGAGAAGAGAUGUUCUUAUGCUUGAUGCACCUUGAUUUACCAUGCAUUAUUCUUCAAAGCCCCUCUGGUGUCUGCAAGGGUGAACAAUGCCAAAGUUUUUGAGGGCGACUAUACCAUCAUCAGGAUUGGGAAAAGGCCAGACAUAUACCAAAUCCCAAAAGUGCUUGGCAGCCUUCUUCCUCAAGGAAGGGGCAGGAGUCUUCUCAGUCUUUUCACUGUACCUCUCAGGUCUUAGUCAAAAAUGGAGGCAGUGGGGAGGAUGCUGACACUGGUGUCCCUCUCCUUCCACUGCUGGGAGGAGGGAUAUGAGGGUAGAGCUCUGGAUAAUGUGUUCUUAGAGGUUGUUACAGUCUACCUUUCAAAGACCAACUCAUGUAAGUCUUUUACUUUGUCUGCUAAGGUAAGGACAAAGCUGAAGAAAAAUGCCCUGGAACUAACUAACUAUUCACCAGGCUUAUACAAUCAGCUUUUCUUAGUAGAGAAGUUAACUGGGGUUAGAGAAUAAUGAUCACUAAAUCUCCUUUGAUUUUGUCCUUCAGACUUGGUUCAGGAUGGAAACCUUAUGGUCCAUGUUGGAUUUCAUCAGAGGGCAACUUUGGCCCUUUGAUAAACUUGAAGGGUAUAUGUAUUUCCAGAUUUUCUUACCAUUGGGAAUCUCGGAUGUACUUCCAUUUUGUCUAUGGUAGGACAGUGCUCUAGUUACAAGCUUUGUGCCUGUUGUGUUCACUCUGAUGUUUUCUUGGGCUCACUCAAAAUAGGUUUGUUACUUCAUCUCAAUGACUAUUGGUCCUACUGUCCACUGAGGUUCGUUUCCCCAAGACUGGGACUGUCUGCUCUCAUUUUGCCACUAACUAGGGACUGUGAUAAGUGGAGAAAAGUUGGAUCUUCAGCUCAAGCAGCAGGUGAAAUACCUGAGAGCACUAAUUGAUAUGAAAGCAACUAAUUUUCAAGACAAGUCUUGGUAGGGUAUUCUCAAUCACUUACCAUCCUUGGAGAAGCUUGUCCCUCAUGAGCAAUUUUAUUUGCAGUCACUUCAGUAAUGUCUGAAGUACUAUUAGUCACUUACCUCCAAUCCUCCAACAAUCCUUGUGGCUCUUUGCAAGGAAGUGAAUGAUGAUCUUGAGAGAUUGCUGGACAACAGGAACUGCCUUAACAGGAACUGCCUUAUGGGAGUUCCCACCUUCAGGGAUACUUCUGAUCUUGGACACAUUGAAGGAUUGGUGGGGUGUAAACCUGGAAGGGUUAUAUGCCUCAGGUGGGUGGAUGAAAUAAAACUUUUGCCCAUAUAUAAACAAUUUGGCAUUGCAACAGUUUUAGGAUCAGUUGAUGGACCACUUUGUAUUGCUGAUAACCAAUACUGAGGUACAUUCUGGGCCAUCAGUGCAGUGGCAGAUUAGCUUGGUUGCCAAGGGCAAGUUGUAGGAUUGGCGUGGUCCCUACAUAACGCAUAGUGGAGAGGCUAUUUGAGGACCCAUAGGCUAUGGUGAAGGACACCUUUCAGGACCCAUGGGACAAACAUUGAUAUCUUCGGUCAUUCUCACUCUCACAGUGACCCUGUUGGCUCCUCAAUGGCUACAAGUUGAGUGGUAUCCCUAUCUACUGUUGAGACACUUGAGAAAGAUUUCCCCAUGAUCAACACUACCCUGCAGCAACUUAUGCUGAGCUACCAUAUGUCUGUCUACCUCGGUAGACAAGCAAGCUCCUUCUGUUUCAGUGGCAAAUGGCUAUAACUCAGCCCCUUCCCUGGUAUUUCAGUGAAGGGCAUAGCCCUCUGUGUCUCAGUUCAGGUCCACAUGUUCGAGAGGAGCUUGGGUAGUCAUGCUCUACCAAGAACUUGGUCCUAAGUUGGUUGUAUUCCGUAGUCUCAUCUACGUGCUUUAUGACCCACCUGAGAGAGGUUUUGGAUAGAAGGUGUCAUGCUCAAGGCUUUUCUUGCUAGCCCUAACAAUGAUGGAGAGAGUAAGCAAGCUUCACAGCCUCUCAUACUUCAUUCAGCAUACCAAGGGUUGGAAGUCUAUUCUCAAUUGUUCCUGAGUUUGUGGUAAAAACUCAGAACCUGUCGGUCCCUGAUGAGAGAUUUGAAAGUAUUUUUUAUCUCUUCCCUCCUGGAAGAAAUGGUUUUAUGCCUCCCGAGACUUUCAAAAUACUAUCUUCACAUAAAUUGACAGCUUAGAUGAGUGUCAAAGACUGUUUCCCACAGGAGUAAGAUGUCUAAGAAUGCUGCCUCAUUCUGGCCUUGCUUCAUAAGGUCAUCAACUGGUGUAUGAGUCAUCAAGCAAGUAUAACAGCCAUUAACCCUAGGCAAUGGCCCACAAAGUCUCAAGCAUUGUAAUCUCUUGCAUUCAAGAGGAACUUCUUAGUGGUAGAGGUACUGAGGACAGGUGUUUGGUGCUACCGAAACACACACUCUCUCUCUCUCUCUCUCUCUCUCUCUCUCUCUCUCUCUCUCUCUCCUUCUCUCUCGCUCUCUCUCUCUCUCUCUCUCUCUCUCUCUCUCUCUCUCUCUCUCUCUCUCUCUCUCUCAAGUACCCAAUGGCCAGGCAUGCACUAGUCUGGCCAGAUGCCAGCGAGUUUAAUUCUCUUGACAGUAUACAGUAAAUACUCCCUCUAUAUCCCUUUUAAUAAGGGGUUGAGGUGGUAAAGCAUUAUUUUUAGCCGCAAUUGCAAUAUUACUACCCCCUGAGCUGGUGCUCCUGUUGUUUGAUUCUAGAGGUAUGCUAUACUCUGACACAAAGCCUUGUCAGCUUCAGUAUCACAUAUUCUAGGCUGUACAGGAGUUGUUAUUCCCCUCAUGUAUAUGACUAGGCAUUGGCUUUUUGGCCUGAAUCUCCAUACAGAAGAUGAAGUUUAUAUCCUCAGCAGCAAACUGCAAAAUUUUGAGAUAAUUUCCAUUUUUCCUAAACAUAAAAACUUCAUUCCAUUACCAAAGAGGGUAGAGAAGAUAAGAGUGGACAGCUACGCGAGUCCUUGUGGGAAAAUUGUAACCGUGGCGCUGUCCAACAGUGAGCGCAUAAAGUUGUUUGUGCUGCAUACACCAGACUAAUGUUUUUUAAGAUGAAUGUUAGCAUUUUAGUAUGUUGUAACACUAUCUCCUGAUCUUUUAUUAUUAUUUAUUAUAUAACAAUGCACUAAUGUGGAUUAAUUAUUUAAAUAUUUCAUUGGAAAAAAUGAGUAAAUACAUACAUACAGCUUAUUCUCUCUUUACCUAUAACUACUGGUGCUAAACCAGGUUUUAUUCAAAAGGUUGAAAAUUAUGGAUGGAAAAAAAUAAAUCUAUAAGGUAUAUCAGGCUAACGUAUAAACAAACUGAAACUCCUCUGUUGUAAGUUGAUAUCUUUGUUUCAUCAUACUGAAAUUUAUAUAGAUUUUAUAACACUGGGCCUGGAUGCACUAACAUUUCCGAUAGUGUAAAAUUAAGUUUUUGUUCAUUACAUUACAUUUUUGGGUUCUUUAAGGUCUUUUUCAACAUUACCUAGUCACAUUCCAGACCGUAAUUAAAUUUUUUUUUUUUUUUUUUUACUUUUUUUCUGCAACUGAUGACAAAUACAAAUAUGAUUCUAAUCAUAUUAUUCAGAAAUUAAAUGAAAAACAGGAAUAUUAUCACAAGGAAAGCCAGAAAAAUGAGGAUACAAACACUAUCGUAACUUAAGACAUCACAAGUAUCUUUAGUACAUCUGGGCCCUACACUGGAAGUAUACAUUUUCAGUAUUAUAGAUGACUGAAUUUCGUGAGUUUUUGGUGCUUUCAACCUGCAACUGAAAGACUUUUGUUUGCAUCUUUUAAAGUGUAAUGAAGGUGGAUGUGUACAAAGAGGUUGACAGUGACAAACCUGCAGUUGCUCAUAGAACUAGCUAAUAGCCUGCCCUACAGCAGUCAGUAAACAUUAUAAUCUAUAGGUAAUAAAAACUGCGAUAUAAAUAAAAAUAUAAACACACUUUCCAGUAGCCUCUUAAUUUUUGCGCUACUCCUCAAUCUCACUUUUUCCUAAUCACAUAUACACACACAAGCAUGCUAUACAUACUCAGAUAUGGUUAGUAAAAGUACACAAUUGUAAACAAAUUAAACUCAAUUAAGUAGCAGGAGGAGGAACAGACUGAGGUGGGUGGAAUGAAGUUGAGUGGAGUUCACACCUUCCUCCCCUGCUCAAAGUCACACACUUGUGCUCCUAAAUCAAUACCUUGCGAGCAUUUAACAUUUUGUGAAAGGGUGUAAUAUCAGCCAAAUUAAUUAAUCAAUUAAAUAUAUAAAAUAAUUUAAACUUUUACUUAGCACAUUUCUCCUCAUAACACUACACAACCAGUGCUCAAUUUUUACAAUAUGUAAUGUUUGUGUGACAACAGGAAUAAAAGAAGAAUGUAACGAUGCAAGAAAGAAGACAAUGAAAGAAGAGCCAAGAAUGAAGACCACCCAAAGAAGAAUCAGGAAAGAAGAAAUCUAAGUGAUUAUGACAGAGAGUUUCUGGGGAAACCCAGUUAAACAAACAAAUACAUACUGCUAUAUGAAAUAGCUUGAGCAGUACGAGAAUGCCUGAUUCACUAUAGCAACACUCAGUAACCAUUGUAGUGUCUAGACAAAACAUGGUGAAUGAAACAACCAAAGCAGAGAGUUUAGAGUAUACGUAGUAUACUCUUUAGUCAAAGGAACAACGAGAGAAUAACCAUCAACAUAUCUCAUAAUUUCGUUAGUGUUAGCUUAGUUUUGAUAAAAUGAAACUCACCUUUCCUUGUCUUUGGGGAAUUGAAUAAAUGAUAAGUCAGGCUUUUCUUUCUUGAAUUAUAAAAAUUAACUGCAGCACAGAUCUGUGUCCCCAUCAUGUUGACAUCUUUCAAACUCCCAUUACGUGCCCACCGCUAGGGGUGCCUCUGUCGCUCACAGUUACAAAGGGAAGGCACAAGUGUCCUCUCUUAUCUUCUCUAUUCUCUUUGCCAUUACCAUGUUCCCAUUUCUAACCAUCCCAACUCUUGUCCUUGUUGACGAAGGAAAAUGUGAACAUACAGUCAGAGUGAGUGGUUGGUACUCUCACCCCUUCACCGACUUACUGCUAGUUAACAACAGUACAUACUUUGUUACCAAGCUUCAAUGACCAGAUCAGCUUUUGCCAAAGAUAUUUCAUACAAAAGACUUAGGUACAUAUAUCUAAGAAAAGAAUGCAAAUUAUCUUCGAAUUCUGCUUUUUUUUUUUUUUGCAAAUAUUUCUUUACAUUUCUUGUUUCCUGUGAUAUGCUUAGAAAUCUGUUCCUUUUUAUGACCUUACAAGUAUAUUCCUAUUUGACUUGCAUCCAGUAAUAGUUCGAGAAAUUGUAAUCAGUCCGUUGGUACUAUAUAAAUAAUUGUAUAAAAAUGCUAAUCAUAUGUGAGAGUAUUUGCUGCUUGCAGAAAUAAUAAUUCAGACUGAAAGUACUCAGAGUUUUGCAAAAUAUUUUAAAAUUACCAUUUGUGACCUUUUCCAGUAAGGAUGAGAUACCAUUCAGAGGUAGACCUUUCUAAGGGAGUUAUCCUAUUGUUAGUCUAUAGUUUAACAAGACCACUGAGUUACCUUUUCAAUCUCUCAUAGGGGUUACCCACAUGAUUUAUUGUUAAGCAAGGGGUGAUAUAUGCAGCAAGAAUUGGACAGCUUGGUGGGAUAAGUAAAAUGGAGGUAGUGCAGAUGGGACCAAAGGAAUACUGCAAAGAACCUUCAGUACUGUGUACAUUGCAGUACUUGAGGUAUGCUAAGUGAUAUCCUCAUACAGUCUCUGACGGGGUGUUUUCUGUAGUUUCUCAUUGCAUAAUUUUCAGUUUUGCAACAUGACUAAAUUUCACAUUCUUCUUUGAAAGUAUUCUCAUAGACUACGGCCACUUCUGUUUUCUACAUCCCUUUUGAAGCACCAAGUAUAACCUGAGGUAUGAUGUGACUUUUUAGUGUCUGGCUCACUAGGAACAUUCAGCAAGGAAGAACACUUUUCUUUUACUUAACUGCAGGCUACUGGAAAAGAUUGAACACUCUUGGUCUGAUAGUUUUAUGGAAUGCACUUAUGCACUUUCUUUACAAGUAUGCAUUGUUCUGGGAUUUUCUGGAACCACUUUUCAAACUGCCCAAGAAGAUAACUGUUCUUUUGAAAGUGUUGCUUUAUUAACAAUCACAUUUGCAGUUUUUAAGGUAAUAUCUCAGCACAUCCAGUUCUUCUCUCUCUAUGGUUAUCUUGCGGACAUCAUUUGUGAGUGUCAUGCCCGUCAUCUUCAGCCAGAUGAAAUUCCUUUUUAUCCCAUGCAUGAGUUAAUAAAUCGACUCCAUUGCAGAUUACCAUUUCUGCCAAAUUAGGGUGAAGAUUUACCACUUAAUAUGUUAAACAUCCCAACCUUCCAAGAUAGCUAAGGUAUUGCUGACCAUGUCUGUCAGCAUUUAAGCUAUAACUUAGAAAAUCCAGAUUUGCAAGUGCUCUGGGUUUUAAUUUCUUUUGGACAUCUCUGCCAUCAGUGUCAUGCAGACCUUUAUGGCUUCCUAACAGUUUUUAGAUAACACCAAUUUUUCAAUAACUGGUUUGUUUACAGCUUUCCAUAAAAAGAUUUAUGGAUGUCCCACUGCCUCAUCAGAAUAACUGAGAAAAAAAUUAGAUUUUGAAUUGCCACAAGAUUUUUUUUUAUAUUUUUAAAGUUCUGUAACAUAUACAAGCAUUUAUUAUUUCUUCUAAUGACAGAACUGGGAGUUGCAGUGACUCAGUGACCUUCUUAUUUCACAAAAAAUUUGUAACAAUUUUCAGCAAUCUGCCUUCUCUGCCAGUGGCAGACAAAGCAUAAGAAAACACGGGAUGCAAGCAAAAAUCGUAGGAAUUACUAGGAAAUAUUUGUCAAUAUUUGAGAAAAUUAAAUGCUGUAUUUAAUUCGAGGGUUUUGGCAUUACAUUAUGACUUACUUACAUUCAAGCAUGCAGAAAAGAAGUGCGGUGGUAGUCGUUGCUUGUAUGGUUCCAACAGAAUCCGAGUGAAGACUUCAAGAUAAAGGAUAUUUUUUUAAUAUCAUUGAGUUUUAUAUUUAUAAAUCACAAUGUAUGUAACAUUUUACUGUAUCACAUGUAAUGUGCACUAGAUAAAGACGUAAUGACGCAGAAGUUUAUUCGUAGGUGUUAAGUAAUAUAAUGUUAUUUCGGUAUUUAGAAAUAUUUUUAAAUAAAAUACGUAUCUGAGACCUGUA